AUGCUGCCACACAAACAGAGAAAGAAAAUAGGAAGUGUGAUGGAUGAAGAGAGAGUGGAAGAUCUUCCUCAUCCUGGUGAGAAUGAUGAAAAAAGAAUGAAAGAAAGAAAAUCCAGAAGAGUUUUCGGGGAUUCAAAAUCUAAAAGAAAAUAUAGUUCGGAGACUCUUCAGACUGAGAAGAAAGCAAAGAAAACAAAACAAAGCAACUCAGCCUCGUAUGAAUGCAGCAAAACCUCAUCUUCAAUUAUGGAAGAUGAGGAGGAGGAGGGGAAAUCAUCAAAUCCUACUUCGUCAGGUGUUGCUUCAUCGUCAGGUGUUAUAUCACCACCACAAUCAACACAACCAACCGCUCCUACUCAACAACAAGCGUCCACAGUUGUUCUUUCAUUCAACAAUUACGAAGAAUGGACAAAGAAAGAGGUUGCUUCUCUUCUCCAUAUGAAGAAACGUGAAGGUGGAGCCUCAUUGUCCGUGGUGAAAGUUAAGCCUCUAUAUAGUGCUGAUUUUGAUGGGUCUUCUCUUGACAACAUUGUUCAGGAUAUCAAGAGGCACGAUGUAGAUUUUGCAAUUAAAGCCAUGACUCAAAGCAAAGACUUUUCUCAGGUUUCUGAAAGUACUUGCAAGACAGUGGUAAAUUGGGUGGACAAUAAUUUGGUGCCCAAAUCUAUUAAAUUGUUGGACAAGGAUCAAGUGAAGUCUAAAUUACGUAGACUACUAAAAUCAAAAGAGGAUGCUGCUUUAGAUAAGAUACAAGUAGCACUAUUUGAUUUUAAGAAGGACCUUCUGAAGGAAAUAGAACAAGCACGCCGUAAUAACGUAAAAGAUUUCCAAAGUUUUUAUUCUGACACACGGAACGAGUUGGCAACCAUGCACCCUCAUAAGGUGUUGAAAGCUGAUAAUGUAAAUGAUUUUGAGCAAACAUUGCGCUCAAAGACUAUCAUUCCUGAGGUGAAAACUAAAUUUGGCUUUCCAAGAUUUGAUGAACAAUAUAAGUCUACUGAAUUGCCUUUAAUAGGUGGUUUAGUUGCCAAACAUGAACUACCAUAUUUUGCACAAUUCCAGUACACCAUGGCACAAGAUGAUGAGUUAUUGAAAAGGGUAGACGACAGUAAACGAAGUGCCUUAAUGUUUUUGGGUCCAUCUGGUGCUGGUAAGACAUCAACUUGCGUGCGUUUGUUAUGCCACAAUCCUGGAAUGAUUUUAACAUGUACCUCAACAUCAGAGGCAUCCAGUGGAUUGACAACCGAUUCGUUGAUGAAACAAGCAUUUGGCUACUUAAAUGGGAUGGAGGCUUAUGAACUUUUUGGCUCGGUUGAACAAGUAGUACUAUUUGUAUUCAUCUGUAGAUUGAUUUAUAUUUCAAAGCUAAUUGAUGAAGCCAAACAAAUGCCAACUGUAUUUGAAGACUUUGUUCAGAGAGAUAAGGAUGGAAAUAUUAUUAAUGGUGGAAUACUUCCAUACCUUGCGUAUAUGCAAUCAAAUGGCAAAACCGGCGCCAGUCAAGAAGCUCUAGAGUACGCAUUGGAAUAUGUUUAUUCUUCUCCGGAUGUCUUGAAGGCAUUUAUUGCAAAACUAGUGACCAAGAUAAUUAAGUCACUUAAUGACAAUUCUGCUCUAUUUGGAAUAGUUAAGAAAAUUGAACAUUUUGUUGUGGUUAUUGAUGAAGCAAAUGUUUAUGCAAGAAAAAAUACUGACUCUGAUACUGGUAUCUCUAAAACAGGUGGUUGUGAAAAGCUUUCCGAGUUAAUAAGUUCGAGUGGUGAGAAGAGAGGACUUUUAACCAAGUUUGCACAAUUAAUUGGUACCAUAGAAAAAUUUCAUGUAUCUAUAUUUUCUGGAACUAAUUUUUCUGUCGAUGUAGGAGAUAUUAUACAAUCAGCUCUUGGUAAAACUGAAGCAAAGAUUGAUAUAGUUAAAAUAUUUGACUUUGGUUUGGUUGCACGAGAUGAUAUUAUUUCAUUUUUAGAAAAACAUAUCGCAAUACCUGACGACGAGAAGGAAGAGAUUUUAUCCUAUUUACAUGAAAAAGGUUACAAGUACUUUAGAAGAAGAUUAAUCACAUUGGCAUUAGAAAAACUUUCUAAAAACUUGAAAGAGGCGAUUAUGAAGUCCGUAGAUGGUUUUUUAUCCGAAGCAGAAAAGAAGAUAAUAGAUCGCUAUUAUGAAACCUAUAAUUCGAAAUUGGCUCGUCGAUCAGAAACACAACAGGCAAUUCAACAAGCAAUUCAAGACGCCGUUGUUAAAUAUGUUGCUCAUUAUCAUUUUCCAUUUUUAGGUUCUGAAUUUAAAGUACACAUAGAUGGUGUUGCUGACGCUUUGCUCUCUUCUGGAUUUGCUGGACCAGAAAGCUCCAACCUUGAAAAUGAUCAGACCAGACGUUAUUUUAUAUAUUCUGCAAAGGACUUUAUUGGAUACACACUUGGACUAAAAUUUCUAAAAAAGAUAUUACGCAACAAAGAUGAUUCAGAAUUGAAGGAAUUAAAUGAUUCAGAAUUGAAAGAAUUAAAUGAUUCAGAAUUGAUGAAAAGGAUUAUUCAAGAGAUGAUCAAAUUGCUCCUGGAAUCUUCAGACCACAACAUUGAUUUGGAAUCGAUUGUUAUGUUAAGACUCGCGGAGUUGGACGGUAUAUGUUUAUCUGACAUUGGUUGUUUCAAACCACUAAUCACCAACAAUCUAAACCUAAAAGAUCAUAUAUUCAAGUGCAAACAUUGUUUAGAUCCCAAUGGAUAUAUUGAAUACUGUAUUUCGAAAGGUGCUAUAAAACCAGAGAAGAAGAAAGAUUUAAAUGGAGAAAAGUUGUUCUGGAAACACUUUGCCGAGAAGAAGUGGGCUUUACUUGAUGGGGUUUUUAUUACUCUAUCUAAUUCACACCAUAACGACCUGUUUGGUAUUAAUAGAAUUGAUGGCUCUACAAAUUUGAUCAUACCAAUGGGUUUCCAGUGUAAAGUGCAAGCUGGAACUAAAUUUAGCCCACAUUCAUAUUUCAGUUCCACUAUCCCUGAACUAUUUUAUCUCGAUAAUUAUGCACAACUGAAACCUGAGACCCUUUACAAUUUAAAUAGUUAUCAUAUUGCAGAAACCAAGAUUAACAAGAAAAACCGUUUCGUUGUGAAAGAUAAUUCAAAAAGCAUUAUAGAUGAUGUGAAUGGCAAAGGCAUGAAAAUUAAUUCAAGUGCAAAAUGGUAUAAUGAUAUCAGAGAUGCUGUUUUAGAAGUGUUUGAAUCGUCAAAGAUGAUGCAGGUGUGUGUUGGACUUCAUGUAACUGAAACAUUUUCGAAAGAGGUUGUAAAGAAAUACCAGAAAAACUAUUUAUGCUCCUUUGUUGACAUGAGCAAUUAUAACUUACUCUUUGAUAAAGAACAGGAGACAUAUUUAAAGAACUUUUUAAACACAGUGGCAGAACGAGUGAAGAUGAAUAAUAAGAAGAAGAAUAAGAAGAAUAAUAAGAAGAAUAAGAAUAACAUGAAAAAGAAAUAA